UCCUGCACAGCUCCAUUUUGUUCAGGCGUUGCAACAGGUCUGUUCUUCUUAGAUCAUUCUCAAAUACUUGGUCUGUUUGACUAGCUGGUGGAGUUUACAUAGGUUUAACUCCACAAAUGGAUAACAGAGCCAGUAAAAGACUAGCUGGAAAUGGCAGCUUUUCUACGCCACCUGGGACCCCUAAAAAAUCACGGCCUUCUAGCCCAGAGAAAACAGGGGAAGGUACAAGUAUGUGUGCCCCAGACAAAGCAUCAAUGAAUAUUAGAAUUGCCAAGAGCGUUGUGGCAAACAUCAAAUAUGGUCUCAAUGGAUAUAAAAAUGAAGACAAUCCCACUAGGAAGCUGAUUGAAAAUGUCAGUGACCACAUCUCAAAAUUGGACACUUGUACAGCAAAGAAAACUACUGUUGGAGUUUUUGGAAAGACAGGAGCUGGCAAGAGCUCUCUGAUAAACGCAAUCCUGGGAGAAACAGAUCUGUUACCAUCAGGAACACUUUGUGCCUGCACUUCAGUCAUCAUACAGAUCGAAGCCAACACAACAGACUCCAACUACACAGCUGAGAUUGAAUUUAUCUCAAAAGAGGAAUGGAAUGCUGAACUUGAGACUCUUGUGAAUGUCUUAUUAGAGGAUAAAAAAGAGAGAGAUGAUGCACUGUUUAAAGCAGCAAAUGAGAAGAUUAAAGCACUGUAUGGAGAAAAAGGUGUUUGUCAAACACUAAAAGACCUUAAAAAGGACGAAAAUUUCACAAAAAUACCAGAGUUUCUAAAAUCUAAAAUCAAAAAGAUAGUAUGUGAAAAGGCCUCAGAUCUCUCAGAUGAGAUUGGACGUUACAUUCAGCAUGAUGACUCUCUUCUGGGAGAAUGUUACUGGCCAGUAGUGAAGACUGUGACCAUAAAGGUUCCAAACUGCAAAGAUUUUCUGGAACAUGUAGUUCUGGUGGAUCUUCCUGGAACUGGAGAUUAUAACAAGAGCAGAGAUCAGAUGUGGAGAAUGAAAUUGAGAGAUUGCUCGACAGUGUGGAUUGUAAGUGAAAUAAAUCGUGCACUUGCUGACAAAGACGCCUGGGAGAUCGUUUCUAGCAGCAUAACCGACAUGGCACAAGGAGGAGAGUGCAGCAGCCUCUCUUUUAUCUGCACCAAGACUGAUGACAUCAACCCACAGAGCUACAUGCGAGCCUUAAAACUGAAGGAUGAUGACUUUCAUAUCACACCAGAGGACCCUCAGUAUGGCAACAAGAAAAGAAUUGCAUGCAUAAUGCACAGGAAUGGCAAAGCCAAAAAAAAGGUGAUGAUGCAGUUUCUUCAACAAGAUACAAUAAAGGAACACUUUGAUUGUGAUGACAAUUUCCUGUCUGUGUUCACCGUGAGUUCUGAAGAAUUCACGAAAGAGGAUCCAAUCCUGAAUCAAGAGCAAACAGAGAUACCUGCUCUCAAGGACCUCUUGAGGAAGUACAACAUCAAUCACAAAAAUGAGACAACGCGUCACUACAUCUCUGGAGCUAUAGGAAUCCUCUCCCUAAUCCAAAGUUCCAAGAAGAGUGAUGCCAAAAUGAUGAUGGAGAGAUCCAAACUCCACGCUAUUUUGGAAACCGAUCUUCAACAAGCAGUUGGACACUUGCACGAAUACUGUCAUGAAAUUAAAAGCUCACUGCAGGAACUUCUUGCAAAAGGAGCAAGUGAAUCGGAAGAAAAAAGUGUUGAAACAGCAGAAGAAGUCAUCAUGGACAGUCGACACCAAACAUUGACAGCACUGUGCAAGAAUGAUGGAUUCUUCAGGGCCCAGAAAGGAGUAAUUGAUUUGAAUUCAAGCUUGGCUCAACCCAUGUUUCAGCACAUCAACAGCAAAUUCAGUGAAUUCUUCCCCACCCAGGAGAAAGUAACUGAGGAAUCACUGCAAGCAAAGAUCGAUCAGUUCACCAUCAUUACAGAGGACCUGCUCACAAAAUAUGAAAAUUCUCCAAUGCUGAGCCACGUGCUGAAAUUCCUUAAGAUUAAGGAAAACAACCUAAAGAAAGUCCUUCAGCAGGAGAUUGUUGAGAAUAAAAAGAAAAUAUAUGCAUCUCUUUCUGAAUCCAUUCAAACGAACAUGCAGCCAUGCUACAAAGAUGCUGCUGCAGUUAAAGGACCUGGCUGCACAAAGAUAAAGCAGGAUAUGCUCCUCAACCACAUUGAAUCAUCAAAAAGUGAAAUGUUCCAGAAAGCAAAGAGAAAGAUGGUGGCACUGCUGGAUCACACAAUGAAGUUUAUUGUGGAGAUGAUGAGAACUGAAUUAAUGGAAUCAAUUAAUCUCUCACUUAAUGAAAACACUUUACCUUUCAUGGACAUCAGCAAAGACACAGAAUCACUGAACAUGUUAUCUCAAUAGUGAGAUUCAUCAUCCACAGAUUUGUGAAACUUCACUGGUGCUCACAUGAGAAUGUUUGUCAGCAGCUGUUAUUGUUUUUAUUGUGGUGUUUAAAAUGUCUGAUGCUUUGGGAGUGGGGUUUGACCUUAUUAUACUGUUUUUUAUUAUAUACUGCUUUUUUAUUAUAUACUACUUUAAUCAAAAGGUUUGUAGUGAUUUUCAACUGCUAAUUUUAACCAUUUAUUUACUAGUAUCACUGCUGCCAGAAUUUAGCUAAAUCCUAAUGUCUGUCUUUAUUUUUCACUCACAAAACAUGUUUGAGUAGAAGUAGUUUUGUUAUUCACUGUAUUUUAUACAUAUAGCUUUGGUGUAUGGAUCCACUAGCUUGCCAACAGUAUUCAUACACCUAUCCAAGUCUUUGAAAUCAGGUAGUCUAAUAACUUCCAUGGCGACAUGUGUAUAAAACCAAGGACCAGACUGCUUCUACAAACAUUAGUGAAAGAAUGGAUCACUCUCAGGAGUUCAGUGAAUUCAUUUAUGGUACUGUGAAUUCCACCUGUUGUGAAAUAUUCUUUCUUUUAAAUAUUCCACAGUCAACUGGAAGUGGAAGCGAUUGAAAACAACAUUGACUGAGCCACAAAAAAUUAUUCUAAAGAACACCAAUCUUCUUAUGCCAUUCAGAUCAGCUCAAGAACAGGGCGUAGAGAGCUUUUUGGAAGGGGUUUCCAUGGCCUAACAGCUGCAUCCAAAGCUUUAUAUCUCCAAGCCAAGCAAUUCAAUGCAAAGCCUCGAAUACAGUGGUGGAAAGCAUGUCUGCAUGUUCUUUAGAGUGGAGAAUCAUGCUUCUCUGUUUGCCAAUACGAAGAGUCUGGGUUUGGUGGUUGCCAAGAGAAUGGUACUUUUCUGACUGCAUUGUACUGAAUGUAAAGUUUGGUGGAGGGGGGAUUAUGGUGUGGGGUGUUUUUUUUUUUUCAGGAGAUGGGCUUAGCCCCUUAAUUCCAGUAAAAGUAACUAUGAAUGCUUUAGUUUACCAAGAGACUUUGGGUCAUUUCACACUCCGAAAUUUGCAAGAACAGUUUGAGAAUGGACCCUCCUGUUCCAACAUGACUGCACACCGGUGAACAAAGCAGGGUCCUAAAGACAUAGCUGUGCGAGUUUGGUGUGGGAGAACUUGACUGACCUCAACCCAGUAAAACACCUUUGGGAUAAAUUAGAACAAAGAUUGCGAACCAGGCCUUCUUGUCCAGCAACACUCAUACACCUUGUGGAAAGACUUCCCAAAAGUCGUUCAAGUUCAUUUACAUCUGGCAACUUAGUAUAUCUUAUUCAUGAUGUAUCGAAUGUAUGUAAUUUUAAAACUUAUUUUAUCUGACAAUGUUUACUUUCCAAUGCACUUAAAAAGUUCAAAGUAUGAUUUGGUAAAUUUACUUUGAAUGAUGAUGACAAUAAAUGAUUAAUACAUUCCUAACUA